UCUACUCCACGGCAGCGGAGAGGACGAAGUACAGUAAGACGCUAUGAAAGGUUAUUCCAUAGGUGAGUGUCGUGCAGCGUGUUAGGAAACUCGUAGUUAAGUUUUCAGUGGAUAAAAACUGUUUGCACCACGUUUGAUGGUCACGAAGCUCGGGCUGGGUCACGCUUAGGUUGAAGUAAGUCCACGAGCUCAGCGGAGAAAAGUAAAGCUAGCUAACUGCCCGUAUCUGCGUCCGCUUGGCUUCAACUUUAACCUCAACAUUGAGCGGAGACAGCAACCGUGACUGGGUGGAGCACAAACAUGCAGAGUUUGGUGGUGCAAGCUCUUGCCAUGAGGCAGCUUGGAAGGUUGAGCCCUCGCCACCUGCUAGCUACCGGAUAUGGACUGAGGCAGACCGAAUGGUGUCCCAGGACCAUUCAUACUCGCCAGCUGUGCGGCUACUCUGUCUUCCCUGUGACACCUGGCUGUCACCGGCCUGCUUUCCGUGGAAGAGACGCUCUCAGGUGUUGGUCUGCUCAUCAUUUGAGGUUUAAAAGCAACAAGAAGAAAGGUGCUUCAAGUGCACAGGAGGAGGAAGAUGAGGAUGAUAAAGACGCAGAGGACAGUGAUUAUGAAGAUUUGGACCCAAAUCUACCCAAGGACUAUAAAGACAUGGAGAAAUAUGUUCAGUCCUUCCGCUACGACGUCAUUAUAAAAGCUGGCCUGGAUAUGGCACGCAAUAAAAUUGAAGAUGCGUUCUACAACAACAAGCUCAGAUUAAACGGACAGAAACUCAUCAAGAAAAGUAAAACGGUAAAACUCGGGGACACCCUGGACCUGGUUCUGUCAGAGAACCCAGAAACGAACACUGUUACAUUGAUGAGAGUUAUCCUGAGAAGGGUUUUUACUGACACUGGUAACACUGAAAAGCACAAAGUUGCCAUAAGGCGCUGGAAAUGUCUCGAGCUUCCCAGGGAGGAGGCCUUUAAACCUUGAAUCUGCCUAAGACUGUACUGACUGUAAUGCCAUUGGCCUGUGAGGUCAACAGCACUGAGUGGCUCUCCAACGAGGUGGAUGUAGAAUGGAUUACAAAAAUGUUGUGCAGAGCUAACAACUCUGUGUGAUUAAACGUGUACUUCUCCCUUCUAUAGUGUGACACUCCCCCAAUAAAGGUGCACUGUGAGGGUUUAGACUUCA